GGGGUCCUCUGGGCUCUUUGGCUCCUCUCGUGGCAUUCGCAGCUGCCGCUGGGCCUGCGUGGGAGCGCAAGUCCCACGAUGGUCUUUCUCCGGGCAUGCAGAGUUGCAGAAAGCCAAAUUGAAGUGGGGGCUCCCGUUGUUGGAGACAACGUGUGUGCCGCUCAACUUGACAUUUGACACAAGUGCAGGAAGACGGCGGGCACGGAAAGCUCCCGAGCUGCGCUAGCCGUCGGCGCUAUUUUUAAGCCGGCUGCAUUUCCCAUCGGAAGGGACGCGGACGCUUCCCGUCAACAACAGGAUGCGGGCUGCUCGCCUCGGACUUCACUCGCUACACCUUUUUACUACGUUUUUACUCCCGUGUCGUGAAAAGCUGCUCACAGAAGCUAAGUUAGUCAGCCAACCAAAAUCGGCAAAAUCACAAAGACGAGCUGAGCGGCACAAUUACACAAAAGUUCCAUUGGAACUGCUUUGUCCUUAUUUUUAAGAUAUCAUUUCACUGCAUUUCUGUCAUGCCUCAUCCUGCUGACCCAAAAUAAAAAUUGCCUGUUUAUAUCAUUGAUAGGCAAAAUGAGUCAUUCAUAUUAUUUCCAAACAGUUUUUUCUAGAACAUCCUUGCAAGUGAUCGGCUAACAAGCUGUUGUUGUUCACGGUGCUGACCAAAUAUUGGACAGUGAAUUUGUGAUGGUUACUAUGGCAACGCCAGGCUGCUACAAUUAUAUGAAUGUCAAAGACAGACAAUCACUUUGAACGUGGACGCAGCUUGUUUCAUGUCUGGAAUCACUUUAUUCCUGGUGAUGGUGAUGAUGAUGAUGAUGAUGAUGAUGAGCGGCCGCCUGCUACCUUGACCGAGCCACCAUGAAGCGUAUCAAUGCUCAAAUGUCCUCGCCGCAAAUACAAAGCAGACAAAUAUGGACGCAAUAUUAACGAGGUGCUUUGUUGUUGCCGGACACUUCCCGAGGCACACCGGCACCAGAGAUGGGCCAAUAAUUGUACCAUGAGUUGAUUUCUAUUUUCAAAGCGAUGUUUUAUUUUCCAGAUGAAACGUCUUUUAUUAAUGAAGGAAAAGACAUGAUGUGAAAUAGUGAUUGUUUUAUUCUGAAAAACAAGAAGACGAAAAUUUGUAACAGUUUCUUUGGUUUGUUUGUUUUUUUGGACGGUUCUUAUAUUUCAACGUAAACAUGUUUUAUGAGCAAUUUUUUGCUGCGUGUGUGUGUUUGUGUGUAAUCCCGAGCUGUGCGCCGCACAUUAAACUUAAUGCUCUCUUAAUUACUUUGAGACAAUAAAGUGUCGUAAAGUUUACGGUGGAAAAGUGGCGCAUUUUACUACUUUUGUCAUAAAAACUACGUCUGCAUCAAUAUUGCAACUGGCCUGCUUCAAAGUGAGGCAACUAAUCACACGUGUGUAUGUGUGUGCGUGUGUGUGUGAGUGUGUAUCCUUGCACAUAUUCGCGGUCGCCAUUUUUUGGGGGGGUGGUCAUGUGAGCAUAAUAAAGUUGGAGUUUUUGUUAAGAUAAAUAAGAUGCAAAAUCAUUUCUUGAGAUUGAAAGUCAGAUUUUUUGCAUAAAAAGAUUUUAAUGUCUUGAGAUUUUGUGGGUGUAAAUAUUUUAUCCAUUAAACAUCCAAAAGAGAGAGAGGUGUUCCACAAGGCUCCAUUUGAGAGCCUCUUACAUUGGUUGCUUUAAUAGUUGAUUCUUUGUUUGGUUGCUCAUUUCAAUUUGUCUGCUGGUUCCUUUUUUCCUUGGUUUAGGUUGGUUAUUUUUGGUUGGCUGUUUGGUGUAGGUUGGUUGUUGUUUGGCUGCAUUGUUGGUUCAGUUCAGGGCUCGAUUCAAAUGAUCAGUUUGUCACUUUAGUUUGGUUGUUUUGAUUUUUGUUGUUUGACUGGUUGAGGUUGUUUUCUUGAGCUUGUUGCUUUAGUUUCUAGCAAGUUCCCUGGUUCUCAGCAGAGCCUUUGUAAUCGUCUUCAGUAUGAAAUGGGGUGGGGCGGGGCCUUAUAUGCAAUGUGACAUUUCCCCAAAUGCACCUUUGACGUUGACGUCCUAAUGAGACGCAAAUCAUGAACAUAAAUCGACAAACGCAAAACCUCUGAUUAAUAUUCAUGAAGGCAGGUAGGGGGAGAGGGCCAUUUCAAUCUGGUCUUUGGAGGGAUACCUGAUCUUAUUUUCUGGAAUCUUCUCCUUCUCCGUCUUUGUUGUCUGUUGUGCCUUUUCCCAGGAAAUUACUUUAAUUAGUGGUCGAAUUAUUAGUACAAAGUGGGAAUGUUUUUCUCCCAUUGAAGUUUUUUCUCUUCAAAAUACAGUCGAAUUCUGACUUCGACCUUAAUUCGGUUCAGAAAACUGGUCAGAGUUCGAUUUGGUCGGAGUCCGAUUCAAUUCUUCCCCAUAAGAAAUAAUUGAAAACUGAUUAAUCGGAGACGCCAUUAGCUAGCCUCGAGACGUGCUUUAUCUUGUCGAGCCGAACCGAAAGUUGCUUCGGGAACGCUCGGGGACGUGGAGAUACCGUCAGCUAGCCUCGACCCGGCUCGGAAAGCUGUUCGGAGUCCAAUGUUUUGUUCGGUUUCGGGAAUUCAAAAGCUUGGAAUUUUUUGUUCGAACUCCAAUUUGUUCGAACUUGGAGACGUUUGAGGUUCUACUGUAAACCUUUGUCUAUUACUUUCUCCAAAAACUUUUCUUGUAAGAUUGUUUGCUAUUGAAAAAUGCUUUCUUACCUAUCAUACAACUGUGGUUUAUUAUAUAACUUUAUUUUCAGAAGUACAACUUUUCAAGUUAUUCUCGAAUAUGAUGUAUUUUUCUUUUUAGUAUUUUAUUCUGUACUUGAACUGAGACAUGCAAUUACGUUAAUAUUUCAUGACGUUAAUAUGGAUGGAUGGAUGGAUGGAUGGAUGGAUGGAUGGAUGGAUGGAUGGAUGGAUGGAUCGACGGACGAACAAUCAUGUUCAGACCUCCAGUGGACGGAGGUCUUAGCGGCACCUUCUCGUUCUCAGCAGCCGGACAGGAGCGCCUGUACCCGGCUGCGCUGUCUGAGCUUGCGCCGCUGAUCCUCCGGAGAGUCAGCAGCGCCUGGCGAGCCAGCCGCGCACUCACGGAGACCUCCGCUCGCGUUUUGCUUCCUGGUUGUGCGCGCAUAUAUAGCGGCCUAAAAAUAUCUCCGGCGCGGCCCAAUGAGCGGUUGGAGCUGCUGAGUUCUGCAGCCAACUGGGCCGCGGCAGGGGCUCCGGCCGCGGGCAGGCAUUGGCGCGGGCCGCAGCGGCAGGCGGGUCGAGCGCUCCCCGGAGCUCAUUGGCUGGACCAGCAUGAAACGUCACGGCAUCACGUGGUGCAUGUUCGUGUGUAGUUGUAACCGCGAGAGCGAGGUGGGAGGGAGACGCGAGUUUAGAGGGAGCUGACACUCGGGAGCAGACUUCAGUUAGUGUGCGCUGCGCUCCGGAACAAGCGCGACGUACAUGCGCACGCUCGCUCGCUCGCUCGCUCGCUCGCACGUAGGACCACCAGGCAUCCGGCUGAGAUGGACGUCAUCCCCAUGUGCAGCAUCUUCCAGGAGCUCCAGAUCGUGCACGACACCGGAUACUUUUCCGCCUUACCGUCCCUGGAGGAGUAUUGGCAGCAGACAUGCUUGGAGCUGGAGCGCUACCUUCAGGCCGAGCCGUACGUGUCGGCGACCGAGCUGAAGUUCGAGAACCAGCAGGACCUGUGGAGCAAACUGAUGCUGGCGUGCGGCGACAAGGCGGCCGACCCCAAACUGGCCAAGGAGGACGUGGACCCCCCGGAGAGCCGGGACAACGCCGCCGGCUGCUGCUUCCACUCGGACGCCAGCAGCGAGGCGUCGGACAGCUCCGAGGAACUGUCGCCCGCUCUCGACUUCCCCGUCGGCUCGCUGGCCGACCUCCUGGGCGACAACCCCGAGGACCUGAGCGCAGCCGCCGCCGUCAUCAUCGGGACGCCGCCCUCCUCGCCUGAGCUGGCCAAGGAGGGCCCGGCGGGGCCGCGGGCGUGGGGCAGCGGCCAGCACGUGACGGCGAAAGGCAGGACGGGCGGGGCGGAGAGGGCGGGGCUCGCCGGCGGGGAAGUGUCGCCCGACGGCAGGAGGCGAGUGCACAGGUGUCUCUUCAACGGAUGCAGGAAGGUGUACACCAAGAGCUCGCACCUCAAGGCGCACCAGCGCACCCACACAGGCGAGAAGCCGUACAGAUGCUCGUGGGAAGGCUGCGAGUGGCGCUUUGCGCGUAGUGACGAGCUAACGCGCCACUUCAGGAAGCACACCGGCGCCAAGCCAUUCAAAUGCAGCCACUGUGACAGGUGUUUUUCCCGCUCGGACCACCUGGCCCUGCACAUGAAGCGGCACAUCUAAGGCGGCGGCGGCGGCAGUAGCGGCCAAGCGGACGGAUGUUUCCUGACCUGUGUGGCGUCAGCGAGGCCGGUGAGGCAUUCGACGGCGCAGCGCGGCAGACGACGUUCCGCUCAGCAGGAAGUCAACGCAGGCUCUCAUUUUGCACCGUACUCAGUGCCUCCGACACCUCGCUGAACUGGAGCAGGAGCGUUCCGGAAAGGACAGGAAUUUGUGUAUGGUGUUUGACGCUUUUUGUUUUUUUUUUGGGACACAACCCGCCCCUGCUCCCUCCCCACUACCACUGCCCAAAGGAUCUUGGGACUUUUUGGGGGGCGGCGGAGUGUUUGGACUGCGGAUGCCUGCGGCGGUUUUCUGAAGUGCGCCGUGCAUGGUGGACGAAUGGCGUCUUUCGAAUGGUGAGUGAAUGAAAAGAAAGCCUGGUGAGCAGACGAGGGCUUCUCUUUUUGUGUGUGCGCCCUCUGGAAGCCUGGAGGUGGAACUACGGCUCCCUGCUCUUUAAAACAAACACAAAAAGAAAAAAAAGGAGAGAGGGAGUACGUUUUGUUUUGGUGCAGCUCAUAAAUGUGCAAUGUAUGAUGUAACCUGUCUGAAAAGAUACACGCCAGAAAGCUCUUUUUCCUUGUUUUUGAAGCAAGACAGGGAAAAUUGGACGUUGAACGCCAACAGUGUCACUCAGAUACGCUGCAAAGGAACACCAUCAACGCUAAUCUCCUCAGAUUAAUCUGAUCAUUUUCCAAUUCUGAUCAGAUGUAAUUUUUGUCUCAUAAAACCAAAAUCUCACUGUCAUCUUCUAGGAUUCAAACUUUAUAUUUCAAUCCAUUUUUUGUCUUAAGACAAGACAACUCAUCAUAACAAUCUUGCAACAGUCAGAAAUCUUUGAAUAGUCCAAACUUUUUUCUUGCUAGAAAUCCAACAAGACUCCCAAACUAUGAUUAUGUCUUUUGUUUUUAUUAAUACAAUUAAUCCAAUAAGAAUUUUUGUGAAAUACAAACAUAAAGGGAUAUUAUUCCUUUAAACUUUGGAGGGCUGGGAUCUAAAAAUCUGCCUAAAUCUACAUCAAGCAUAUCACCAAACGGGUUUUGGUUUGAAUUCCGUUUUUUUCUUGUUUCCAAGAGGCGUGGUGUUUUUUUUUUUUGUUUUUUUUUAAAGAUUCAUCAUGGUUGUGCCAACGCUUCAGUUAACUUGACAUCCAAAAAAAGGUUACAUUGCCAACUAGUGUCCCGGCGUGCACAUUGCGGCGUGUUCACAGGCUGCGGAUGUCGUGUGAAUGUUGGGGGGGUGUUGCAUGGGGGGGGUCAGUUCGCAUUUGUUGCGCUUGGAGAAUGACUUGGUUGGAGAGCAGCUCGCUUCAUGUUGCUCUUGUAGAAAAACCAUCAGACCACUAAGAGCGCUUUUGGGGCCUUCACUUUUUCUUUGGCUUGGAGAUGGAGAGAGAAAAAAGUGCACUGUUGACCUUCCUGAUGCCUUACGCAAGUGGCCUUGUCCUCUUUAACACACACACACAACACACACACACACGCGCGUGCAGCAAUGUAGUUGUUGAAAAAGCUUUACAGACGCUCAUUUCCUCCUACCCCGCCACAAUAAAUCGCGUGAAUCACAGAAAGACAAGAUAGACAUUUUCAUGUUUGGUUUUUUUUUCUUUUUUUUUCUCCCCCCCCCCCCCCCCCCCCCCCCAACUGAGUCAGACGGGAAUGCGUGGGUGGAACUUCUGGGAUUUGCUACUGAGUAGUAAACCUUCUCCUCACUCUAAAGGAGAGAGCUUUCAAAAAUCAAAAGAUAAUUUACGUGACUUUCCUCCUUGUAAAUUUUGACAUUUCAAUUUUGGCAUUUUGACUCAUUUGUAAUGUUACGUCUUUUUCCGGAAAAAAAUGACUUUCAUCUAGAACAUUUUAAACUUAUUCUCCAAAAGAUCCAAUUUUAAUUUUCUCGUCAAAACGAUUCUGACUGUGAUGAUUUUUUGCCGACGUGUUUCUUUCUGGACUCAUCAGACGCUAACGAAGUGCGCGAGCGGUUUGUCGUUUGGACCAUUGAUUGCAACGUUGACCAUUUGUAGCUUAUGGCAACAAAAUAAAAGAUGCACAAACUUGCAUCGUGUAAUUUUCCAACCUUUCUUGAUGAUAUGACUUUAAUCUUGUGAUGUUGCCAUUUUGAUUUUUGACAAAAAAAAAAAAAGACAAAAACUUACAUCUUGAAUGGGGAGUUGAGCACAGAUUGUGGAAGGCUUUUGGCUCAUCUCGCAGAUGUAAGCUAAGCUAAAGGCUAACAAAAGCGCAACUUGUGGCGCGCCAACAAGCGUGAGCCUCAUGCUCGACAAGAUGAGGGCGGCCAUUGUCCCUUGUUUUGCUUCUUUUUGUUCUUCCACUUGGCGAGCUUGACAAA